UUGCAGAGAGGCACAGACUCAAUACUCAGAAAAUUUGAGAAAGAGAGAGAAAGAGAGUGAUAGAGAGAGAGAAACACUAUCCUCGUUCCCAGAUUUCGAAUUUUUUUUUUUUUUUACAUCUCCCAACAAAUUUUCUCAGAAAGAUUCUUAACGAAGGAAAAAAAAAAAUAAAAAUGAAUUCAGAGUCGUUGGAAAAUCUCCACCGUCCAUUGAUAGAAUCGUCUAAAUCGUUCAUCGAUUACCGGCUCGAGACAGUGUUAACGGACCGAGAAUUGCCGUAUUACCGGAAAAUCUACCUGGCGAUGAUGAUAGAGAUGAAGUUCCUCUUCCACCUCGCCGCUCCGGCGAUCUUCGUCUACGUCAUCAACAACGGAAUGUCCAUCCUCACUCGUAUCUUCGCCGGCCACGUCGGCAGCUCCCAACUCGCCGCCGCUUCACUCGGCAACAGUGGAUUCAACAUGUUCACCUACGGUCUUCUGCUUGGAAUGGGAAGUGCGGUGGAGACGUUAUGUGGACAAGCGCACGGAGCUCAUCGUUACGAGAUGCUCGGCGUUUACCUCCAGAGAUCGACGGUGGUUUUGAUUUUAACUUGUCUUCCGAUGUCGCUUCUCUUCAUCUUCUCGAAUCCGCUUUUGAAUUCGCUCGGCGAGCCUGAGCAAGUCGCGUCGAUGGCUUCGACUUUCGUCUACGGUAUGAUUCCGGUGAUUUUCGCCUACGCUUUCAAUUUCCCGAUCCAGAAAUUUCUCCAAGCGCAGAGCAUCGUGACGCCGAGCGCUUACAUCUCCGCCGCGACUCUCGUCAUCCACCUCGUCUUGUCGUGGAUCGCCGUUUAUCGAUUAGGGUUUGGUUUGUUGGCUUUGUCUUUGAUCCAUAGCUUCUCGUGGUGGAUUAUCGUCGUGGCUCAGAUUGUGUAUAUUAAGAUGAGUCCGAGAUGUCGCCGGACUUGGGAAGGUUUUAGCUGGAAAGCUUUUGAAGGUCUCUGGGAUUUUUUCCGGUUAUCGGCGGCUUCCGCCGUUAUGCUCUGUUUAGAGUCGUGGUACUCUCAGAUUCUGGUUUUGCUCGCCGGACUUCUCAAAGACCCUGAGCUCGCUUUGGAUUCUCUCGCUAUUUGCAUGUCAAUUUCAGCAAUCUCGUUCAUGGUCUCCGUUGGAUUCAACGCAGCUGCAAGUGUGAGAGUAAGCAAUGAAUUAGGAGCCGGAAACCCAAGGGCGGCUGCGUUUUCCACCGUAGUAACGACCGGAGUAUCAUUCUUACUAGCGGUUUUCGAAGCCGUCGUGGUUUUAUCGUGGCGACAUGUGAUCAGUUAUGCGUUUACGGAUAGUCCUGCAGUGGCUAAGGCUGUUGCGGAUUUAUCUCCCUUUUUAGCCAUCACUAUUGUCCUCAAUGGAAUUCAGCCUGUUUUGUCUGGUGUGGCUGUUGGAUGUGGAUGGCAAGCAUUUGUGGCGUACGUUAACAUUGGAUGUUACUACGUUGUGGGAAUUCCUAUUGGUUUCGUUCUAGGUUUCACUUAUGAUAUGGGAGCAAAGGGAAUAUGGACAGGUAUGAUUGGUGGUACAUUAAUGCAAACAAUAAUCUUAGUGAUUGUCACCUUCCGAACUGAUUGGGAUAAAGAGGUGGAGAAAGCUUCGAGUCGAUUGGACCAGUGGGAAGAAAGCCGUGAGCCGCUUCUGAAGCAGUAAAAAAAACUGAAAAAAAAAACAAGGAUUUUUUUGUUUCUUUUUCACUUUUGGGAAUUUUGAUGUCAAACAAAAAUCAGAAUUUUUGUUUCCCGAAAUUUGGUCGAAGAGGAUCACCUGAAAGAUGCCAACUGAUAAAAACACUUAGUUUUUCAAUCGAAAAAUGUAUGUUGUUUUUGUUGAUUAAUGACUCCGAAAUUUGAGGUUUUGUCGGUGGUUUAUGUUAUGCCAGAUAUAAAGGAAACAAAUCUAAAUUGUUCUUAGUUUGAAGAGUGAAUAUUUUUUACAUUAAAGAGAGUGAGUUUGUUUU